AUGUCUCCAGCACCUUCCCACCUCACCGGCGCUGACGCGACGGCGGAACCAUUCCGCAUCUACGUGGGCUACGACUCCCGCGAGGACAUCGCAUACCGCGUCUGCCGGCGGUCACUCCUGCGCCGCUCCUCCGUGCCGCUGGAGGUCAUCCCGAUCGUCCAGCAGGAGCUCCGCGAGGCUGGGCUGUACUGGCGGGAGCGCGGGCCGACGGAGAGCACAGAGUUCUCCUUCACCCGCUUCCUGACGCCGCACCUCGCCGGCUACCGUGGCUGGGCGCUCUUCGUGGACUGCGACUUCCUCUUCGUCGCCGACGUGGCAGAGCUGGCGCGCAUGGCCGACCCUCGCUACGCCGUGCUGUGCGUGCACCACGACUACACGCCCAAGGAGGCCACCAAGAUGGACGGCGCCGUGCAGACGGUGUACCCCCGCAAGAACUGGUCCUCCAUGGUGCUCUUCAACUGCGGCCACCCCAAGAACCGCGCCGCGCUCACGCCGGAGGCCGUGAGCACCCAGAGCGGAGCGCACCUCCACCGAUUCGCGUGGCUUGACGACGCCGAUGUCGGCGAGGUGCCAUUCGCGUGGAACUUCCUCGUGGGGCACAACCGCGUCGACCCGGCGAACGUCGACGGGACCACGCCGCGCGCCAUACACUACACGUCCGGCGGGCCGUGGUUCGAGCGGUACAAGGACUGCGAGUUCGCCGACCUCUGGGUCCAGGAGCGCGACGCGUACGAGUCCGCGGAGAAAGAAGACGCGGUGGAAGGUACAGGAGUGCCACCAUCGUCUGCAGUUGCAAUGGACGCAUGA